AAAACUGAAAAAAAUAUGUACUUGCGAUUUAUCUGGUGGGUCGGUUCGUCCCUCUGGAGUCGGACCAAUCCACUGAAUUGCAAGAUCACUUCUUUUCUUCAACGUCAAGGGGUCUGAUUCUGAUAUUGAAUGCAUCGAAUUCUGAUAAGGUUUCAGUUUCUUUUUUUGGCAUUGUUGGAGAAGGAAUCCUAGAGCUAGCAAUGUGAAUUCCAAGUGGGCAGCAAUCCAGCAACAUCACGUAAAGUUGAUAUUGAUGUUUCUCAUCCCAUUCCAUACGCCAAUUUUACCUCACGAAGCUCAUAAGCAAUGCAAAGCAUCAAAUGGCUGCCUCUAGUCCGUACCAUAACAACCUUAGCACCGAAAUACCUUCCCAUAUCAUCGUCAACCAGUACACUACUGUUGGAUACUUACUGUGAACCCAAUCCCCAUGAGGUCAUUUACAACAAAAACAGGAUUAUUGGUAACAUGAUCAAGUCUGGGAACUUACAUGCUGCUCACAAUCUAUUCGAUGAAAUGGUUAUACGUGAUGUUGUUACAUAUAACUUGCUGAUUUCUGGGCAUGGUAAAUAUGGAAUCCCGCAACAGGCUCUCUAUCUUUACUCUGAGAUGGUUUCACAAGAAAUCAGAGAAAGCCCAUCAACGUUUUCUUCUGUUUUAAGUAUAUGUAGUGACUCGGGGUUUUCCAGAGAAGGAAUUCAAGUUCACUGCAGAGUUAUUAAACUUGGGUUCGAUUUCAAUUUGUACAUUGGCAGUUCACUUGUUGGUCUUUAUAUGCGUAUGGGACUCGAUGAUUUAGCUUUGAGUUUGUUUGGUGAAUUGCCUGAGAGAAAUUUAGCGACAUGGAAUUUGGUUUUACGCUCGAUUUGUGAGCUAGGUCGAUUUGAUGACUUGUUAGGAUUGUACAACAAAAUGAAACUGGAUAAUGUGGAGGCAAAUGGGCUUAGUUUUUGCUAUUUGAUCCGUGGAUGUUCUGACGAGAGGUUUUUCAAUGAAGGGAGGCAAUUGCACUGUCAUGUGAUCAAGGUUGGACGGGCAAACUCAAAUAUUUUUGUGGCUAAUGCUUUGGUGGAUUUUUACUCUGCAUGUGGGAGUUUAAAUGAAGCAAAGAAAUCGUUUCAAGCUAUUCCACUGGAGGAUGUUUUAUCGUGGAAUUCAAUAUUAUCAGUGCAUGCUGAUAAUGGAUUAUUUUUUUAUGCUCUUGACUUAUUUUACACAAUGCAGUUUUGGGGCAAGAAACCAUCAAUUCGUUCAUUUGUGGCGUUCUUAAAUCUAUCUAGUAUGAAUGGCAAUAUUCUAUUUGGAAAGCAGAUUCACUGUUAUGUCUUGAAGAUGGGUUUUGACAAUGGGAGUGUGCAUGUACAAUCUGCAUUAAUUGACAUGUAUGGAAAAUGUGGAGACAUUAAGAAUUCAGUAUCCGUGUAUGAAAGUCUUCCUAAAACAACUAUGGAGUGUUGUAACUCACUAAUGACAUCUUUGUUGCACUGUGGCAUUGUUGAUGACGUGGUUGAGAUGUUUGGUUUGAUGGUUGACGAAGGAGUUGGACUUGAUGGGGUUACAUUUUCCACGAUGUUGAAAGCAUUAUCACAGUCGGUUUUAGCAAGCUUGGCCAGCUGCAGAUUGGUGCAGUGUUGUGCAAUAAAAUUAGGUUUUGAAUCUAAUGUUUCAGUUUCUUGCUCACUGAUUGUUGCAUAUUCAAGGUCUGGUCAUGUUCAACUGGCACUACAGGUUUUUCAACAACUUUCUUCCCCAAAUGUUUUCUGUUUCACAUCAAUCAUCAAUGGAUUUGCCCGGAAUGGAUUGGGAAGAGAAUGUCUUGAGAUGCUUGAAGCCAUGAUUCAAAAGGGUUUAAAGCCUGAUAAAGUGACUUUCCUGUGUGUGUUAACUGGGUGCAGCCACUCUGGGUUGGUGGAAGAAGGAAGAUUGGUUUUCAAUUCAAUGAAAUCUCUACAUGGGAUUUCCCCAGACACAGAGCAUUUUUCGUGUAUGGUAGAUCUGUUGGGGCGAGCAGGUCUGCUAGAUGAAGCUGAAGAAUUGCUGCAACAGGCACCAGAAAGGGGUAAUUGUGUGAUGUGGAGCUCGUUGUUGCAAAGUUGUAGGGUUCAUAGGAAUGAAAUGGUGGGAAAAAGUGCAGCAAAAGUAUUAUUGGAACUUGAUCCAGAAGAUUUUGCAGUUUAUUUGCAAGUAUCAAACUUUUUUUCUGAGAUUGGGGAAUUUGAGGCCUCAAUGCAGAUUAGAGAGAUUGCUAUGGCAAGGAAGAUGACGAAGGAAAUUGGUCACAGUUUAAUUGAUUCGAAUAGUUGCUAUUAA